UAUCGUAACCUAUUUCUGUGUCAUACGGGUCCAAUAGCAUUUUGCGCCUACGUGUUUUUGCAAUUCACCAGCUGUAUAGCUCCUAUAGCAACAUGUCAACGCAAGCCCAACCACAGGAAGUAAUGGAAAUGUUGAAUACCCUAGAUGAGUGCGUCGCUGAAAUGCUGCCGCGACCCAACGAUCCCUCAUCUGGCGAGCGGGCUGCUGAUGCCGUGCGAACAUUUGCUGGCGCCGUUGGCAAGAUUGAAACCUUCCUAAAGCAGCUGCAGCAGCUGACGCCGCCACCGCAAGGGCCCCUCGCUGCCCAGGAACAAGAGCUAGCAAACCUGCAAGCGGAGCUCGAGGAGAAGGAUCGGCUGAUCGCCCACGCGCGAUCGCAGAUUGCUCGCUGGCAGGACGUCAUCCAGCAGCAAGAGCAGCUGCAAGAGAACACGCUGUUCGCUGGCCUCGGCAGCUGAGCUGUUAGCCCGCCGCCCACUGCACUGGCCAGCAGCUAAGAUGCGUGUUUACACAUAAACGAGUGACAAGGAGUAUUGUCUGCGAGCUUGCGGCUACAGGGGGUGAUGAAGGUCUGGA